CCUGACGAGUUCAUUAAAGUGACAGUUCCCGGGCGAGGUCAAGCGGCGGCCAACUCGGAGAUCUCGUCAUGGGCGUCUGAUCGACGAGAGAAAUUCACCCACCGUCAUUGACCCCCAGCCUCGCGCCCUCACAAUGCCACCAGCACGCACGCAGAAGCAGAACCGUUACGCGCACGCAUCGUCAUCCAAACCUAAGCCGAACCACCCAAAGCCGAGGCGGAGGCAUGCAAACGGGGAUGCGAGCACCCAGGCCGCCCCUGGCAUGCAGAAGGCCAAGGCUGCGCUGAGACAGACCAGGAGGUUGUUGGCCAAAGACAACCUAGCUGCAGACGUCCGAGUAGAGACGGAGCGGCGGCUCAGGGCCCAGGAGGCGGACCUGGCAAAGGCCGAGCGGGCGCGGAAAGAGAGAGCGUUGGCACAGCGGUACCACAAGGUCAAGUUCUUUGAGCGACGAAAGGUCACGCGGAAACUGGACCAGACAAAGCGCGAACUCGAGGCAUGCACGGACAGCAAGGAGAAGAAGAAGCUGGAAGAGGCUCUCGCUGAGCUCCGAGUCGACUUGAACUACAUUCUUCACUACCCAAAACUGGAUAAAUACAUCUCGCUCUUCCCGCCAGAAGCCCGGAAAAAGUCUGGCGACGUCAAGGGCAAGGAGAAGGCAUCGGAGGGGCAGGUCGAAGAGCAAGCGGAGGAGAAGGCCGCGACAGACCUUCGGCGUGAGGAGAUACGCAGUCAGGUACGCGAGGCCAUGGAAAAAGGCGAGUUGAGUGCGGAACCGGAAGUCGAGGGUCGCAAGACUGCGAGGAGAGGUACAGUGGGUGUGCAAGAUGCCGAAAUUGGGCAAAGCAGGAAGAAAGGGGUGGAGGAGACGAGAAAUAGUGGUCAGAAGAUUAACGAGGACGACUUCUUUGACAACGACGGAGAAGAGAGCGGAGGUUCGGGGGAAGAGAAUGAGGACGAGGACGAGGACUGAGUUCUCAUACGCCGAGAUUGUCGACUGUGGCUAUUCGUCGCAUUUUCCUGCUCCUGCGCCAUGUUCUAUCGCGAAGUUGCAUGUGGGCGCUUGAGACGAUGUGGUCGCGGUCCUGAAUAUGCGAAAUUUUACAUAUCCUUCGAGGACGGGCAAAGCCCACCGUAUAGCAUGGCAUUCACGAGACAUGUGGUAGUCAUCUGAUCAAUUAUACGCAAGAUGCAUUGCUGCU